AUAAAAGGUGGCCGUCAACAAUAAGGUUCCGCCAAGUAGCUCGUGCGAGCCAUGAGUUUUUAAAUGGCCAUGAAGUUUCUCUCGGUUUCGAAUGUUUUUGUCGGUCGAUCGAGUCUGAAAAAGUUGUUUUCGUCCGUCCUUUCAGAUAUGUGUUUAGGUAAAGAAUGCAAAAAAAUGGAAAAUAUGCGUCAGUUAACGACAAAAUUUUAUGACAACGAAGAGAAACCGCGAUUCGAUCGUAAAAAUGCUUUAAUCCUAACGAAAUUUUCGAGAUACGAAUUCGAAAAACGUCGUCAUCCAAAUUUGUCCGAAGACGAACUUGUCCAAAAUUUAGAAGAAAGAGGUUCAGAUUAUAAAACACUACUUCAUCAUCAUGAGAUUCACAAAAGGAAUCAAGAAAUUGUUGCAGAUACACUUCAGAAAAAUGGUUUUCAAACCAAAAUAGUAAACAGGUUUGAAUAUAAUGAUGAUAAUAUCAAAUGGGCUGAUGUUAUAUUUACUACUGGUGGUGAUGGUACAUUUCUAAUGGCUGCUAGCAAAAUACAUACUAGAGAGAAACCAGUGAUUGGUAUAAACAGUGAUCCAUCACGGGACUCAUCACUUCUUAGCUCUUUAGGAUACCUGUGCCUUCCAAAGAAGUAUACGGAUGAUUUUCCUCAAGCUAUCGAAAAAUUGAAAAGUGGAAACUUUAAAUGGAAAUGGCGACAACGCAUAAGAGUCACACUUAUAAGUGAACAUGCAAAAGAUCCUCCAAUUGAAUUGCAUGAUCAACAGUUGCAGUAUCCUGAGUACAGAUUUUUAGACUGCUGGCAAGAACAACCACCACGAAAAUCAGAAAUAUCUGAUCAUCAGAAAGUAAAAGUUGAACAUGUUUUGCCUGUUAGGGCUCUUAAUGAAGUUUUUAUUGGUGAAACUUUAUCAUCAAGAGUAUCAUAUUAUGAAUUAUCAGUAGAUAAUUCUCUUCCAAGCAAACAGAAAAGUUCAGGAAUGACUAUUUGUACUGGAACUGGAUCAACAUCUUGGUCAUUCAAUAUUAACAAAGUAACACCUCGGUGUGUUCAUCAACUUUUGCAAAUUGUAAAUGAAGAAACUGGUUCUUCUUUACCUGUAGAAGAUAAAAACUUAGUAGAAAGAAUUGCAAACAAGUUUAACAAUUCUCUUAUAUUUGAUCCUUCUAAACUUUCAAUGGCAUACAGCAUUAGAGAUCCUGUUGUAUUUGGUGUCAACUUUAAUAGCAAACCAAGAGGAUUUGCUAAAAAAAUCGAAGUGAAAUCCCGAAUGUUCGACGCCUGUAUUGUAAUUGACGGAGGACUCUCCUAUAUAUUUAAUGACGGUGCUGUUGCAACAUUGGAAAUCUUUGAAGAAGAUGCACUAAGGACAGUCACUCUACUAGACUGAAAGAAUAUGAAAAGUACAGAUUUUUUGAAAUGUAUAUUUGUGCCAAUCAUAUUUUAUAAGCAGUGAUUUGUAAGGAAAGAAUUAUCUAUUUUGCACUGUUUGUAAAAUAAAAUUGAUUUGAAAAAAUGAA